AUGGCCCACGUCCCCGACGACGCGGAGCUCCUCCGUCCGGACUAUAGGCCGCGUCUCGGCGCGCUGUCCGUCGCCGAGAAGCUCGCGCAGGCCGAGUUGCUCAAGCGACGGGGCAACCUCUUUGUCCGCGCAGGCGACUACCGACGCGCGUUGCGCGCCUACGCCCACGUCUUUGCCUACGUGAACGGCCUCUCCGUCGCGGGCGACGCUAUGGCGCCGUACGCGCAGAGCGACGCGGGCGCUCACCUGUUGGCGACCGCUGCAGAGGGCCAACAGAUUGAGGCGCUCCAAGUCGCGACGUGGGCCAAUAUGGCGCUCUGCCACGUGCGCCUCGGCGGCGCACCGCACCGCGCGCUGCAGUGCUGCGGUCGCGUGCUGGCGCUCGCGCCGCAGCACAGCAAAGCGCGUUUCCGCCAGGCGCAGGCGCUCGCGCAGGACGCGCAGUACGCGCGCGCGCGGGCGGUGCUGCAGGCGCUGCUGGACGAAGAGCCCGCGAACGCGGCGGUGCGCCGGGAGCUGCGGCAGCUGCAGGCGACGGCGCGCGCGGACGCUGUCGAGACGCGCGCGCGCGAGAAGCGCGUGUUUGGCCGCAUGUUUCCGUCAUAG